UAAUGGAAAGGGUUAAAAAAAAAAAAGUAGAAUAAAUGGAGGAGUUGACGGGUGAAAGAGAAAUGAAAUGCGAGGAGCGACGGGGGAAAGAUAUCCAGAGAGAGAGAGAGAGAGUUUGGGUUGGAAGGAGAGUGACGACACACAAAAACAGAAACAGAGAACACAGGCUAUAGCUGCUCCGUCUCGUCUCUCUUAGCUCCAAAAGUCACAAAUAAAGAAAGUGUUUCUCCACCCCCUGGAUCUUCUUCUUAAUAUUUCUUUUUUCUUUUUUUUUUUUGAAUUGAGAUCUUCUUCUUAUUAGCUAAUACUACCCUUUUGAUUUUCAAUUUUGUUUCGUAUAUAAUCUCCCAAAUCCUUGAUUGGAUUUUUGAUUGAGGAAAAAAGAAAAGACCGGACAGACAAUCAAAAAAUCCCCGCUUCUUCUUUUUAUCUUUUCCUUAUCCCCUACCCUACUGCUGGAUUCUUCUCUCUUCUCUCUUCUCUCUUCCCUUCUCUUUCUCCCUUGAGAAUUGAAGGAAAGAGAUCCAAUUUUCUAUCUCAAUUUCUUUUUUACCCAUAAAUAAAUAAAAUAAAUGGAGACCGAGAACAAGAAGUCGGCAGUUUCCGAUGUAGGAGCUUGGGCCAUGAACGUUGUGAGUUCCGUCGGCAUUAUCAUGGCCAAUAAGCAGCUCAUGUCUGCUAACGGUUAUGCUUUCAGCUUUGCCACGACCUUAACGGGAUUCCACUUUGCGGUAACGGCACUGGUGGGAGUAGUAUCUAAUGCGACGGGAAUAUCAGUAUCAAAGCAUGUACCAAUGUGGGAGCUCUUUUGGUUCUCCAUCGUUGCCAAUAUGUCUAUCACUUGCAUGAACUUCAGCCUCAUGCUUAAUUCUGUUGGAUUCUACCAAAUUUCUAAACUCAGUAUGAUCCCUGUGGUUUGCAUCAUGGAGUGGAUUCUUCACAGUAAGCAUUACUCUAAGGAAGUCAAGUUAUCUGUCCUGGUUGUCGUCACUGGUGUCGGUGUUUGCACUGUCACUGAUGUCAAGGUUAACGCCAAAGGUUUUAUUUGUGCCUGUUUAGCUGUUCUCUCCACCUCUUUGCAGCAAAUUACUAUAGGAUCCUUGCAGAAGAAGUACUCAAUUGGAUCAUUUGAAUUGCUGAGUAAGACAGCUCCAAUCCAAGCCAUUUCUCUUCUUGUUCUUGGUCCAUUUGUUGAUUACUACCUCAAUGGAAAAUUCAUUUCGACCUAUAAGAUGUCUACUGGUGCCAUUCUAUUUAUUCUUCUUUCAUGUUUGCUAGCAGUCUUCUGUAAUAUGAGUCAGUAUCUGUGUAUUGGAAGAUUCUCAGCAACUUCCUUCCAGGUUUUAGGUCACAUGAAAACGGUGUGUGUUCUCACAUUGGGCUGGCUUCUGUUCGAUUCUGAAUUGACAUUCAAGAACAUAAUGGGAAUGGUAAUUGCUGUAGCUGGAAUGGUUGUUUAUAGCUGGGCUGUAGAGGCUGAAAAGAGUGCCAAGGCCUUAGCUCAUGCGAAGAACAGCCUGACGGAAGAGGAAAUCAGACUUCUGAAAGAGGGAAUGGAAAGCAGUCCCGUGAAAGAUGUGGAACUUGGCGAGUCUAAAGCAUAGGAUAGGAGGGUAUUUAUUUCUAUUGGUUGCAAAAUUCAUUCUUGGUCUCUGGUUUAAUCGGCUGACUCAGAAACGCGAUCUAUAUUUAUUUAUUUAAGCAAUUUGUUCUUUUAUUUAA